GCGCGGAAAGCGGAGCCAAGAUGGCGGCGGAGUUGGAGUAUGAGUCUGUGCUGUGUGUGAAGCCGGACGUCAGCGUCUACAGGAUUCCGCCGCGGGCCUCCAACCGCGGUUACAGGGCAUCUGACUGGAAAUUAGACCAGCCUGAUUGGACUGGUCGCCUCCGAAUCACUUCCAAAGGGAAGAUUGCCUAUAUCAAGCUUGAAGAUAAAGUUUCAGGAGAGCUCUUCGCUCAGGCACCAGUAGAACAGUAUCCUGGUAUUGCUGUGGAGACAGUGACGGAUUCCAGCCGCUACUUUGUAAUCCGGAUCCAGGAUGGUACUGGGCGCAGUGCUUUCAUUGGCAUUGGCUUUUCAGACCGGGGAGAUGCCUUUGACUUUAAUGUCUCCUUGCAAGAUCACUUCAAGUGGGUAAAGCAGGAAUCUGAGAUUUCCAAAGAAUCUCAGGAAAUGGAUAAUCGUCCCAAGUUGGAUCUGGGCUUCAAGGAAGGGCAGACCAUCAAGUUGAGUAUUGGGAACAUUACAACGAAGAAAGGAGGCGCAUCUAAGCCCAGGACUGCAGGGACUGGGGGCCUCAGCUUACUCCCACCCCCACCUGGAGGCAAAGUCACUAUUCCUCCACCAUCCUCCUCAGUUGCCAUCAGCAAUCAUGUUACCCCUCCACCCAUUCCAAAAUCUAACCAUGGAGGUAGUGAUGCAGAUAUCCUUUUAGACUUGGACUCUCCUGCUCCUGUCACAACACCAGCACCAGCUCCAGCCUCUGCAAGCAAUGACUUGUGGGGAGACUUCAGCACUGCAUCCAGCUCUGUUCCAAACCAGGCACCACAGCCGUCCAACUGGGUCCAGUUUUGAAUAGCAUUGGCAGUACAUUAAGGACAGACUUGAAAAAUGAAAAUGACCUGGAGGGCACCAAUCUGUGAGGGAAGUUAGGAAGCCCUUCCUUCCCCAGAACCAGAAUUACUGGACAGUCUUUUUCAUAGCUUCUCCAUUGCAUUGAGGCUGGCUCGUGUCACUCCCUGUGUUGUUGCUCUACAGCCAAGAAGGCGUCUGUUCUCUCCUGCUCAUUACCGGGCGGGGAAUAGUGGGUCUCAUACUCGGGGCUGAUUAUGCAGGGCUCAGAAGGCCUGCGUUUGUUUGAGGGGAAUAACCUCUAACAUCUGUAAAAUUGUUCUCCGUCUUUUAAAUUCUUUACCUUAUUUCAGAAUCAUCUCACAACCCUUGUGUGCCUCUUCGUGAAGCCCUAUUUAGCCAUUUCAGGGGAGACAAACUUCCUUCUCCACUAACCCAAGACUAAAAAUGGACAGGCUGACCUCAGUGUUUACAAAUUCAGAAUUUCGAUAGGGGUAGGUUUGGAGAAAGACGUGUUUCCUGGGUCUCUGCUGCGCAGCUUCUUCGAGCUUAUCCUGCUAGCAGACAUCCAGUGUCGGGUGCAGCUCCGUCACCCUCUUGCGUGUUUACAUGUUUCUUCCUAUGAUGAGAGGGUUGCAUUGGUGGCACCUCCACUAUUUUCUGUUUAUUGAACAGUGUAGCAUCUUCGGCCAGUGGGUAUCCCUGGGAUGGAGGAGAUUCAGGGGGUUGUGUUUUCCAAGUCCUAUUCUAUGGAGAUCAUUUAUUUCUUGCAGCCCUAUUUCUUGCUGCAUUUGAAGCACAGCGUUAAUUUGUACCCGCCCCAUGAUUUGACCUGACCUUGAAGGGUUUAGAGUUCUUAACCUAAACUGUAGAGCAGAGGAAUUGAAAGCACUUCGCUCCUGUUAAAUACCCACAUUGCCUUUCUGCCUGGGUAUUAUUUUAUAAAUGUUUCUUUUCCAGUCCAUCUAUCUGUUCAGUAAUUAGCUCCUAUGUAUACUAUUUUGUGAAGGAAGUCGGAGAGUCACAGCCUUACCCUGACAGAUUUCUCCCAAAGCUUUGAUACUUCUCCCGCAGGGUGUAUCAAAUUCAAUCACUGUCCCACCAUUUCCCUUUUCUACUGCCCUACCAUUCUUUUACAAUGCUGUGAAGAAAGUUCCCUUUCUUAGAUGAAUGUGUACUAUUUAUUUGUCUCUUAAUGGACAAUUUCGAGGAUAAAAUGGGAGGAUAUAAUUUCUUAACACCUAUCGUGUGUGUGCACUAUGGCUGAAGGGAGGCCUUAUAUUUAGUUUCAAAAUACAUUCUCCUGAAUUUCCUUCUUUUUUUUAACUUUGGGUCCAUUUUAAUUUAAUUUUUUUUCCAUUGUCUCCCCUUCCAGGCAGCUCUAUUCUUUCAUUCAGAGCCAUGACAGGACAUUUUAAAAUUCCAAUAGAAAACACUAAAAGGAAAGUCUGUAGAAUCGCUAGUGACUGACUACUGGGAACCUAUUUUCUCACUCUUCCUCCAUGUUGUGUUCUUUGUAUUCUCAAGAUGAUAAUAUAUUAUGUAUUUGAAUUGCUGAAGAAUUGAAAAUGAAGUUUAAGAUAUAUGUAUAUAAAGCGUAUGCUGUAUUGGUGCAAUAAUGGUAAUUAAAAAUGUGAA